CAAGGGUUAAGCGAAAACGAGCUAGAUUCCUAGACAGGAAAGUAAGGGGGGGCAGGGUCCUUCAGAGCGAAAGCCCAAUCCCCCCCUUCCCUGCAAGAAGUCGGGCGUGUGGGGGUCCCCUUGGUUCGGCUCUGCAGAGGCUGCCUGGGGGCGCCUGCUGGGAUCCGGUGAGUCUCCUCUCUCCCAGCAUAGGGCCCAUGGGGAGAGCGGGGGUCCCAGCGCUGCCUGGCGAGAGGGGGGCACGUCAGGGCGCGGAGGGUCGCAGGAGGGCGGCAGCUCUGCUCUUCCUUUGCAUGGAUGCGCUGCUGGCCCCUUGGAUCCAGGAGCAGGGAAAUGCAUGCAGAGAAACCCCAUUCAGAUGUAUGGAUCAGUCCCCUUGUAACAUCCGGACAUGAAAUAUACCUGGUCCCUAAAAUCUCACCUAUGGAAGGAAGGAGGAAAGAGGGCAGAGAAGAGAAAGCAGAGUAAAACCUGUGGAACUCCCUCCCACAAGAGGCAGAGGGCACCAGUGGUUGCAGGACUUGAUGUACAGGUUGGGGGGGUUGCCCCUCCAUCAGAUAUCAUGCACAUGCAGCCCACUACCAAAAUCAGCACAAUCCCUUUUCUGACUUUUGUGAUUUGUCCCCACACGCAAAACACUUAAUCACAGUUUCUUCCUAUCUAUUCAAAGGGCCUCUGCUGCACAAUACCAAAUGUAUGAAUUCACUGAUAAAUGUCUCUAUGUACUGACUCACUGGGGUAACUUCAGAAAUUGCUAUAGACAUGUGAGCUCAGCUACUCAGCAGCCCCUCUGCCUGAGUGAUAAUCCCUGGCCUCCUGAUACCUGAGUGCUAGACAGGUAGCCAUUCCAGAAAUACCAAACCCAGAUGAAGACAAAAGGGUGUGAUUAACUUGGCUGUGAUUAACUUGGCUGGGAAAAGUAAAUAUAUCUUUUGUUUCACUUGAUGGGUGUUUGGUGGAGGGCAGGGGGAACCAUGGGGCAGGGUCCAGGAUGCUCAGAUUACUGCCACCAGACCUCCCCUUUCAUGAUGUAACCAUGAUGAUUAGUGAUGAGUGAUGUAGUUGGGGGGGGGGGCGUAACAUGGGGAAUAAAGAUAAAGGGUAAAGGGACCCCUGACCGUUAGGUCCACUUGCAGACGACUUUGGGGUUGCAGCGCUCAAUCUCACUUUAUUGGCAGCUGACAUUUGUCUGCAGACAGUUUCCGGGUCAUGUGGCCAGCAUGAGUAAGCCACUUCUGGUGAACCAUUUACCUUCUCGCCACAGCAGUACCUAUUUAUCUGUUUGCACUUGACAUGCUUUCAAACUGCUAGGUUGGCAGGAGCAGGGACCAAGCAACGGGAGCUCACCCCGUCGCGGGGAUUCGAACCGCCAACCUUCCGAUCAGCAAGCCCUAGGCUCUGUGGUUUAUUAGCGCCACCCGCUAAUAAAAGUUUGUGUUCUCUUUUGUUCUGGGCUUCCAUCUUGUUCCACCUGGUGGCAGGUGGGAGUCCUGUCCCGACAGUCUUCAAUCAAGACCAAGCCUGUUUGCUCCGGUAUUCCUGGCGGGUGUCCUUGUUUUUGGUCCAAGGGAGCCCUCAGAUUUCACUGUUAGUACAAUCACGGUGGCGUUCAAAGAGGAGGAGGCCGAUCCGUGGAGGAGGAGGAGGAGGAGAGGGCGAUGGGGGGCUCCUCUGCUCUGUCUCCCCCAUAGGAGGCUGUCAUGAGACAAAGAUUCUUGAGAGCAGGAGCAGUAAGGCCUACAUCUUUCAAGCCUGCUGGCUGUUAACUGUUAACAGCUAAUUGCUGAGUCACUGUGACUCAGGACUCAUCUCGAGUGAUGACUCAUUCUCCCUAGAAAAGUAGCCAGUCUCUCUGUGGGCCUCAGGAGCUGAGUAGUAUUGCUUUGUGAUGUUGCUGUGAAUGUGUAGCGGAGUCGCCUUCAAGGGCAGUUCCACACAGAGAGCGUUGCCACCAUCCCAUCUGAUACAGAGCAGGGAGGACCAGGGCCUUGUCCUCUCUGUCCCGAAAGGUCUGUGGGGUGGGGAAGUAGCCUGAGCUGGACAUGGGCCUCAAGCGACCAUGAUGGACCCAGGAGUGCCCGCAAGUAUUCAUGACUGGGGAGGGGGAGCGUUAAGCAAUGUAACGUCAUCAUCGUUAUUGCUUGUUCCCUGCCUAUCAUCUGAAUUUCCAAGAGCAGAUUACAAUUUUUUAAAAACAUCAAUAAGAACAGUUGAAAACACAUUACACUCAUAGGAAGGCGGGUCCCACUUUAUUUGCUUUUGAGUGCUGUCCUUUGACCCCACCCACAUGUCAUUUGGCCUCACCCACUUGGCCCUCAGGGGGUUGGCCCGAUAAGGGAAUAAAUGGGCCCUGAAGUGGGGUUGGGCAGGAGAGCAACUCUUGAGAAACCCUGGGUUAGGACCCCCACUAUAACCCAGUGCCCAAACUAUAAACACAGUACAAUGGACUCACUUGUCAAUCACAGUCCUGACUUCAUUCCUUGACUGAAAACUCUGAAAGGCAAGGGCAACCAGGCUGAUUCAUCUCUCAGAAAGACCAGCAGUUUCCUGCACAUUUUGCAUGGUCACUUUCCCUCUAGGAGGGCUGGAGACUUACUUCACCUUCUCCUUUUUAUAGAAACUCAGAGUCUGGGUUGUAGUGCAGUCCAGAGCUGGCUCUUCCAAGACUCAUACAUACUUCCUCAUGGAACAUUUUUCUCCUCCAGGCAAUAUGUCAGUUUUGUAACAGAACAAUAUAUUUGCUUUGUAGAAUUUCCUAGCACCUCUGAUUUGGACAGACAGAACUUGGCAGAAGAUCAAGGGAUUCCUUCAUCUCUCUUGGAGUCUUCGUGAGAGCAGAGAUGGAUGAGAAAAACUCAGCUGGCCCUGAAGCAGGAAGUGACCAUGCCAUCAGAACUGGGAGCAGUGGAGGAUUCUGGGGAAAAACUGUGCUGAAGAUCCUGGGUGAGGAGGACACUCUCCACUCAGAGGUGCAGAGCCAGCAGUUCAGGCAGUUCUGCUUCCAGGAGGCCAAAGGACCCCGGAAGGUUUGCAGCCAACUCUACUGCCUUGACCAUCAGUGGCUGAAGCCAGAAAGGCACACGAAAGCUGAGAUGCUGGACCUGGUGAUCUUGGAGCAGUUCCUGGGUGUCCUUCCACCGGAGAUGGAGAACUGGGUGAGGGAAUGCGGAGCGGAGACCAGUUCCCAGGCAGUGGCCCUGGCCGAAGGUUUCCUCCUGAGUCAGGCAGAGGAGAAGAAGCAGGCGGAGAAGCAGGUGAGAGAGACUUUCCUCUGGAUACUCCAAAGGGGCUCCGAACAUGAGUGAGAGUAUCUGAAAAUUCUCCAUCAUUUUUUGGAAAGCAGCCAUUGAAUAUUAUCAGAUUGCCCUUCAGUUUUUGCCUCUGUGAUUCCUUUUCUAACUCUUCUUCAUAUUCUCUGUUUUGAAUCUUUGUUCCUGUUUCAGAGACAGGAUCUGUUUGCAGAAAUGGGCCCAGAUUCCUCUGAGACCAAAAGGACUCCGUUGGACACCAGAGAGAGGCUGCUGGGUAAGGAAGGAGUCCGUUCUCCGUUUGGUCCCUUUCUGUGGAUAUCAAAACAAACCCAUGGGUUCUUUUCAUUUGGUGUGGGAGGGGGGAAGACACUUGGGGCCAAGAGCACCAAGGAAGGGAGAUGUAUUUUUUAACCCAACUAAAUUAUGAAAUGGGUCCAAAUGUCCAGAUGCACUCAGAAGGUGAGACUUUUUUGGGAGCAGCUGCACUCCUGGCUUCCCACUUACCUCUGUCUCUUGCAGGUGACCAGAUGAUGCCAGCAAGACCUCCUCUUCCAUCUAUUCCUGGUGGUGAAGGAGAAGCAACGGCUGUGGAAGCAGCUCAGGUAUAGGGAGGGAGCCCUGUGGGGAAGGGGGCUGGGGGGGGCAGCCAGGGUGCCUCUGGCCCCCAAGGAAUCUCUCUCCUCCUCUUGGCUUCUGCCCAAGCUUCUCUUAAGGCAUCUUUGUCAAGGGCAGCCUAGACAGAAGCCAAGAGGCUGAGAAUGCCGUUCGAGAAGCUUAAUGUGCUGAGAAUAAGGAACAGCCACCUUGCCUUAACUCGCCUUCUGAUGGUCAAUAGGAUGAUUCAUAAGUCAUUGUAGUUUUAUUUCUAGAGUUAUCAUUGAAUGCUAAAAUAGGCUUCUAAGCAGUUCAUCAAGCCUAAAAAAUAGUUCCCAGGAAUCACCUAUCUUGUCGCAUCAGUUGCACAAUGGGGUUUCCCCACCUUCUCCUCCCCCUUUUAAUGAGCAGAAAGAAACAGCAUUGUGUAGCAGGCAACCUUAGUGCUGUCUAAAAAGGACCUCUUCCUUUCUCUCUUAGGGUCCAGUGUGUUUUGAAGAUGUCGCUGUUCAUUUCACAGACGAGGAAUGGGCGUUGCUGGAUCCUGACCAGAGAGCUCUGCAUAAGGAAGUCAUGGAGGAGAAUCACAGGAUUGUGGCCUCUCUCAGUAAGGCUCCCUUGUGGAUCAUAAGCUCUGUUUGGAAAUUCCAUGCAUAUCUCUCUGUGAUAAGCCUCCCUGGUUUUGAGGGAGCUCUACGGGGCCACUUGCAGCACCUGGGAUUCUAAUACCCCCCAAACUCACCUUAAAUGGAGGGCUUUUGACUGUUUUGACCGUGGACAUGAUCUAGCCAGCAUAGACAUUGCUGAGAUUGGAAUGGGAACAUGCUGGGAAUUUGAGGUCAGGAGAACACACUGUCACUGUCCUACCUUGUAUUGCCCAAAAUCUUCCUGACUUGGAGCAUGUGGAAGACAUUGAGGGUUUUUCCCCCCUAAUGGUUGUAAUUGUCCAUAAUUCACUUCACAAACAGGUUGCUCAACACACAAUCCUGAUAGACCUUCCUCUUGGCAUUGAACAGUUAGCAACACAUUUGCCUUGCCAAUACACUUGUCCAGGUCAGCAUCGAUGAAGAGGUUGUUGGUUAUGUUAGAACUUCCUAGGGAGACAAAAUCAUCCACCACCCCCAGUGUCUGAAACUCCCAUAGGUGCAUUUUGCGACAGGGAAUGUCAUAGACACGAGCAGUUUCUGAGCUCUGCACACAGAACUGCGCCUAAGAUUUUGGAUGAAAACUACAGAGUGGAAGGAAAGAAGGACCUUUUUUAUUUUUUUUAAGAAUUUUUUUUUAUUAACCAACCAAUCACAUCAAAUUACAUAUAUUCCAAAUUACACAGCCGAAUUUUAAAUUUUUGUUGGGAGUACCCAUAUUUCAAGUUCCGAAGGAGAUCCAAUCAACUUCUUGCUUCUUACUGCUGUUUUAAUGUCCACAAAUCUAACCUUAUGAUGUUCACAGUACUAUCCUGUCCUUUCUUAUUAUUUUUCCACAUCUCUUGUUGUUAUUUUCAUAUAUUUUCCUUUCUCUUUGUGACCUCUGAUAGUCUCCACAAGCUGGUUAGAACAGUUUGUAAUCCUGCGUGAAUAUAUAUUUUUUUAUCCAGUAGCCAUAUCCAGACGUUUUCCAUAUAACAUCACUUCCAUACAUCAAAACAGUCUUAGCAUCAUUAAUCUUCACCAAUCUGCCUCCUUUCUCAAAACCUCUGAGGAGAUUCACUAGGAAUGCAGUCUGAAAACAAAUCCGUUCUUCCUCCCGGCUAUAAAUUCUUUGGCAAGAUGGCGACUCCGAAUUAAUUGCUGCGCCAUUCCCAAAAGCUCUUAUUGCUUCUCUGUCUCCAUAAAACAUACUUUUGGUUAAAGUUUAUCUCCACACAGACCUUAAUCAUCCUGCUUGGGUCAGUUCAACCAACGGUUCUAAUGAGGAGGGGUUCUUGUAAAUCACAUAGAAGGAAAGUAAAAAAGGUUCCCCCCCCCCAUUCAGCCCCGUCAUCAACAUACCCCGCCUUUGGUGUAUCUUCAUCGUAAAAUAUUCCUGUUUCUCCAGCCCGUCGUCUUCUUUCGCAGAGGUCACUUAAAUUAGCAGACUUCACUCCCCUUCUUCACUUGAAAUAUGUGCAUUUGCUUCUUUUGUAAUUAAUUAUUCCAAAUUGCUGCAACUAGUGCGCGAUCAGAGACAGCAUCCAGGAGAGCCGAUGUCCACAUGGGGGCAUUCUGCCUAGGGCCCUCACCCCUUCUUUCGAAUUAGGGGGUGAUUUAUGGGCACAGCAGGCAAGGGCAGUGUUCCCCAUUUCCUUGGGGCAACAAGGGAGGCUGCCUACUCCCAUAACAGCCUCUUAAUUACCCCGUGUGGGUCGGAAAUAUGGUAUUGUCGGCCAUCUUCCAAUGCGCCCCCUAGUGGCCCCCCGAAAGGACCUUUUUCUGCCUCCCCACUUCCAGCUACUCUCUGAAGGCUGAAGGAGAGACCUGUCAAGGUGGUGUCUGCUCUUCGCAGUAAACACCCUCUGCUCACUCAGAGAGAUCUUUACAGUUCUUUAUUUACAGCUACAGUUCAAAAUCAUGCCUCUGAAUCCGACGAGUCAGAUUCAGGGAGUGGCUUCCUUCGGCUCCUUCUCCAACACAGCAGAUGUGGGAAUCUCUCAAGACGUCUUUGAUUCUCUCCUCGCCUGUGCCAAAGGCACCGCUUCCCCUUCUGUUCCUGAACUCCCUGGUUGAUGGCAGGGCUCUCCAGUACUGCAGAGCCCUGACACCACUUGACUGCUCUCUGCCUUCUCCUCCCCUACUUCAUCCGUCAUUUCCCUGUUUUCCCCGUCUGACUGUCCCUGCUCUGAUCCUCCUCCUUCCCUUGACCCAGGGGCGUUCCCUGUCUGUCCUGUGACAUCACCCCCCACUAAGCCCCCCCAUCUGCCUCGCUUUUGCUGUCUUCUGAGGAUCUGAAACCUACAAAUUCUUCCUCUUCCUCGUCACUUUCUCCAAAUAUUUCCCUAAGUCGCCAAUUGUGGGGUUUGGGCUUGUGGGGGUAACGUUCAUGAAAAUCUUUCUGUAACUGGUGCAUGGAUGUUUUCUACAGGUUCCCAAGAGUUCUCAGUUGCCGAAUAACCCUUCCAAGCUACUAGAUAUUGCAGUCUUUUCCUGUGCCACCUGGAGUCUAGAAUUUCCUCCACACUCUUGCUCCCCUUCCACCAGUAUGGGAGGCGGGGGAGGUUCUUGAGUAGUACCUUGAUACCUGUGUGGUGGAUUAUAUGGCGACAGCAAUGCCCUGUGGAAUACGGGGUGUAUCUUCAUAGUCCCUGGCAGAAGGAGUCGGAAAGACACUGGAUUAAUCCGCUCUAUAACUUCAAAAGGUCCUAACUUUCUUGGUUCCAACUUUCUGCAUCUACCCUUAAAGGGUAAUAAUAAUAAUAAUAAUAAUAAUAAUAAUUUUUUAUUUAUACCCCGCCCAUCUGGCUGGGCUUUCCCAGCCACUCUGGGCGGUUUCCAACAAAAUAUUAAAAUACUGUAAUACAUCAAACAUUAAACGCUUCCCUAAGCAGGGCUGCCUUCAGAUGUCUUCUAAAAGUCUGGUAGUUGUUGUUCUCUUUGACAUCUGGUGGGAGGGCGUUCCACAGGGAGGGCGCCACUACCGAGAAGGCCCUCUGCCUGGUUCCCUGUAACUUGGCUUCUCGCAGUGAGGGUGACCCUUUUGAGGAUAACCAAACCUUAUCUCCUACCUGGAUUCUUUCCCUCCCCUGUCUAUGUGCAUCGGAGGCCCACUUGUAGGCUGCCUUGGCAAUCUCCAAGUUCUCUUUCAGCAUCUGAUGCAGAUACUCCAUCUCUUCUACAAAUUAGUCCACUGCAGGUACUGACAGUCUCUCUUUCCUAUCUGGAAAUGCCCUAGGAUGCUCCCCAUAACUUGCAACAAGUGGUGAUAGACCUGUGGAUGCGUGCAUUGCGUUAUUGUACGCGAACUCUGCCAGGCUCAAUUUGUCUACCCAAUUGUCUUGCUGGUAGUUCACAUAGCAUGUCACGUAUUGUUGCAAGGUAGCGUUUGCCCUCUCUGCCUGUCCAUUUGUCUGAGGAUGUCUAGCUGACGGGGAAACUUAUUUCUACCUGUAACAACUCCAUCAACAUCCUCCCAAAACGCUAAGUAAACUGACUUCCAUGAUCUGUGAUCAGCCUUGAAGGCGUGCCGUGCGACCUGGAAACAAUGUCUACAAACAACCUUGCUGUUUCUUGAGCGGAAGGUAUUUUAGUGCAAGGUACAAAAUGUGCCAUUUUUGUUAGCACAUCUACUACUACCAAAAUGACUGGGGUAUUUUUUGCGACCCUGGUAGGUCUGUAAUAAAAUCCAUGGCUAUCACUUCCCACGGUUUGUUAGGGGUGGGUAAGGGUUACAACAACCCGGCAGGUGCUGUCCUUUCCCCUUUUGCCCUCUGGCAGACUUCGCAGCCUUUAACGUACUCCUCUACCUCCUCCUUUAUUUUGGGCCACCAGAAUUCCUUGGUAACUAAGUACAUAGUCUUGUUCUGACCAAAAUGCCCUGCAGUCGGGCUGCCGUGAUGCUGUCUAAGAAUUUUGGCCCGCAGUUCUUCCCCUGGCAUGUACAGCCCCCCCUUGUAAUAGAGCAAUCCCUCUCUUUCCUUAAAACUUCUCUCUCUGUUCUCCCCUUGCCUGUCUGUCCCGUGACAAGACCUUCUUAAAAAAUCAGGGGGGUGGGCAGGGGAAGGACUAGACCACGUGGAAAAUGAACAUAUUAUUUUAGCUGCUGUUCAUUCCUUUUCAGAUUUGUAUUCUUGUUAUAAAAGAGUGUACCUAGACAUUCCAUUGUUGCGCCCGUAUCCUUGGUUUAAGGUGCCUUUAGCUCUUAGCUUUCUUAUCUCUGUUUCUAACACUGACCGCCUCUAGUGUGUGGUCACCAAUGUUGAUGCAUGGAAUUCUUCCUCUAUCACAAGGGUUAGAGAUCAAUAUUCAAUAGAGUGGCACUCCAUUUCUUCCUGCAGCUCUAAUCCAUUUCUUUCUUCAUUGCAGGUGGUGAUGAUUCGGAAAUAGAGAGAGAGGACACCCAUGACAGAAUCCACACAGUGGAGAAGCCAUUGCCACUCUUAGAGUGUGGAGAGAGCUUCAGUCACAGCUCCCAUUCGACUACCCACCAAAGAAAUGCUAUUAGGAAGAAACACUAUCAGUUUUCUGAAUGGGGAAAAACUUUCUGUUGGAAUGAAAGCCUCACUUCACAGGAAAUAAUUCCCACAGGGGAGGACCCACUGAAAUGCUUGGAAUGUGGAAAGAGCUUCAGUACGAGUGCACAUUUCAUUUCACAUCAAAUAAUUCACAGAAGGGAGAAACCCUAUCAGGGCUUGGAAUGUAGGGAAAGCUUUAAUACAAGCACAACCUUCUGUAAACACCAGAGAAUUCACAGGGGGGAGAAGCCAUUUGAAUGCCGAGAGUGUGGAAAGAGCUUCAGUCAGAGAACCCAUCUCACAGCCCAUCAAAUAAUUCAUACAGGUGAGAAACCCUAUCAGUGCUUGGAAUGUGGGCAGAGCUUCAAUCACAGGACGACUCUCACGGUCCAUCAAAGGAUUCACAGUGGUGAGAAACCCUAUCAGUGUUCAGAAUGUGGGAAGAGUUUCACUGUGAGCUCCCAUCUCACUUCCCACCAAAGAAUUCACAGUGGUGAGAAACCAUAUAAAUGUGUGAAUUGUGGAAAGGGCUUCACCCAAAAGGCAAGUCUCACUUCCCAUCAAAGAAUUCACAGUGGUGAAAAACCUUAUCAAUGCAUGGAAUGUGGGAAGAGCUUCAGUCGGAAGCAAAGCCUCAGUUCCCACCAAAGAAUUCACAGUGGUGAGAAACCCUAUCAGUGCUCGGAAUGUGGAAAGAGAUUCUCACAGAGAGCCAAUCUCAGUUCCCACCAAAGAAUUCACACAGGGGAAAAACCACAUCAGUGCUUGGAAUGUGGAAAGAACUUCAGUCUCAGGGCCCAUCUCACUACCCAUCAAAGCAUUCAUACCAGGGAGAAACCAUAUCGAUGCUUGGAUUGUGGAAAGAGUUUCCUACAGAGAGCUGAUCUCACUUCACACCAAAGAAUUCACACAAGGGAGAAACCAUAUCAGUGCUUGGAAUGUGGGAAGAGCUUCACUGUGAGCGCUGGUCUUACUUCCCACAAAAAAAUUCAUAUUGGGAAGAAACCCUAUCAAUGUGUGAAUUGUGGAAAGAGCUUCAGCCAGAAGCAAAGUCUCACUUCCCACCAAAGAAUUCACAGUGGUGAGAAACCCUAUAAGUGCUUGGAAUGUGGAAAGAGUUUCUGCCAGAGAGCCAAUCUCACUUCUCACCAAAGAAUUCACACAGGGGAGAAGCCAUAUCAGUGCUUGGAAUGUGGAAAGAGCUUCAGUCUGAAGAAAAGUCUCACUUCCCACCAAAGAACUCACAGUGGUGAGAAACCCUAUCAGUGCUCAGAAUGUGGAAAGAGUUUCUGCCAGAGAGUCAAUCUCACUCAUCACCAAAGAAUUCACACAGGUGAAAAACCCUAUCAGUGCUUGGAAUGUGGCAAGAGCUUCAGUCUGAAGAAAAGUCUCACUUCCCACCAAAGCAUUCAUACUGGGGAGAAACCCUAUCGAUGCUUGGAAUGUGGGAAGAGUUUCUGCCAGAGAGCGGAUCUCACUUCCCACCAAAGAAUUCACACAGGAGAGAAACCCUAUCAGUGCUUGGAAUGUGGGAAGAGUUUCCGCCAGAAAGUCAACCUCACUUCCCACCAAAGAAUUCACACAGGGGAGAAACCAUAUCAGUGCUUGGAAUGUGGGAAGAGUUUCCGCCAGAAAGUCAACCUCACUUCCCACCAAAGAAUUCACACAGGGGAGAAACCCUAUCAGUGCUUGGAAUGUGGGAAGAGCUUCAGUCAUAAGCAAAGUCUCCCUUCCCAUCAAAGAAUUCACAGUGGUGGGAAGCCUUAUCAGUGCUUGGAAUGUGGAAAGGGCUUCGGUAUGAGGACCAAGCUCAUGGCCCAUCAACGAACUCACAGUGGUGAGAAACCUUAUCAAUGCUUGGAUUGUGGAAAGAGUUUCAGCCAAAGGGCCAAUCUAACUUGCCAUGAAAGAAUUCACACAGGGGAGAAACCCUAUAAGUGCUUGGAAUGUGGGAAGAGCUUCAAUCAGAAGCAAAGUCUCACUUCCCACCAAAGAAUUCACACAGGGGAGAAACCUUAUCAGUGCUUGGAAUGUGGAAAGAGCUUUGGUGAGAGGACCAAGCUCAUGGCUCACCAAAGAAUUCACAGUGGUGAGAAACCCUAUCAAUGUGUGAAAUGUGGAAAGAGUUUCUGCCAGAAAGCCCAUCUCACUUCCCACCAAAGAAUUCACACAGGGGAGAAACCCUAUCAGUGCUUGGAAUGUGGGAAGAGCUUCACCCGGAAGGACAACCUCACUUCCCACCAAAGAAUUCACAGUGGUGAGAAACCAUAUCAGUGCUUGGAAUGUGGAAAGAGCUUUGGUAACAGGACCAAUCUCACUUCCCACCAAAGAAUUCAUACAGGGGAGAAUCAUAGAACUUUAGACCUGCAGGAGACCCCUGGGGCCUAUAGUCCAAUGCAGGACUCUCAACUAAAGCAUCCAUGACAUAUUGCCUUCAAACCUCUCCUUAAAAACCUCCCGAGGAAGGAGAGUCCACAACCUUCCAAGGGCGUCUCUAAUUUGAAGCUAUUGGUUUGGGUCCCAGCCUCUAGAGCCGGUGAAAACAAGCUUGUUCAAUCUUCCACCUGACAGCCCUUUGUUCCUCAGAAGGCUUGGUUUCCCAACACUUAAUUGUCUUGGUCACCCCCCUCUGCACACCUUCCAGCUUGUCGAAAUCCUUCUUAAAUUUGGGCACCCAGAACCGGACACAGGACUCCAGGUGUGGUCUGAAGAAGGCAGAAGAAAGUGGGGCUAUUACUUCCCUUGAUCUGGACACUUGAGUUCUUUGGACACAGCCUAGAAUAACAGCCUUUUUUGCUGCUGCAUCGUACUGUUGACUCAUGUUAGUCUAAGACCCCAGGUCUUUUCCACAUGUACUACUGGCAAGCCCGGUAUCCCCCAUCUUAUAUUUGUGCAGCUAAUUCUUCUUGCCUAAGUACAGAAUCUUACCUUUCUUCUUACUGAAAUUUAUUGGAUGCCUUUAUAUACCACCUGUUUCUUCAAGAAGCUCAGAGUGGUCUUAAGUGGUUCUCCCCCUCAUCGUUUAAUCCUGACAGCAACCCUGUGAGGUAGGUUGGGCUGUGAAGCCAUCACCCAGUGAGCUUCAUGGCUGAGUGGGUGUUUGAACCCGUGUCUCCCAGGUCCUAGUCCAAAAUUCUUAAGCACUGUACCACACUGACUCUCGAAUGAGACUUUUGGUAAGUGCAUGCAUGCGCAUUUACUGAAAGUUUCAGUGCAAUGUCUUGGUGUUUGUAUUUAAAGAUUUAUACGCAUGUAUCAAUGACAUUAAUAUAAUAAUGAUAAUUACAGUAGAAGAGUAAAUUUUAGGAAAUGCUGGAUGGUGAUAGGGGUAGUUUGGAAUGCUGGGAUUGAGCAAUUGAACUGAACAAUUUCCACAUAAAUCACAACAAGAUCUGAAAUAAAGAUAUAAAACACCACCAACAACAACCCCUGGAAAAACCCCAAAAAUUCAAGAGUCUGUUCAGCAGCUCAGGUUUUGCAGCUGGAGUCAAUCCAGGCUCCACCCUCCCAGGCCUGGUAGAAAAAACAUGCAAGGCAGGAAGCUGCUCUUCCAGGACCUCAUGUCAAGACAGUCCUCUUCAACAGGCCUCUCAGCAGCUUCAGCCUUUGUAGCUGGAGUCUGUCCGCCCAUCAGUCACUCUGGGCCUCGCCUUCCCAAGCCAAAUGGAAAGGUCUCUAAGGAGGGAGCACAUCUUCCAGGACUUGCACCCAAGAUGGUUUCUGGCCUCUUCAGCAGAGACCAUUGGAGGGUGGAAUGGAAUGGGAGAGUGGUGGCAAUUGCGGAGCAGGGCUGGUUAGAUCAGUAGUAACGAGACAGCAUUAUAAUCCCAAUUGCUGCAGUUGUAGUCAAGUUUCAAAAGAAAAAGAAAAGAAACAAGAACAUUUGAAACCACAUGUCUAUGCGCACAAAGUUACCUUGACACCCUUGUCUAUUUUUUAAAUAAAUCAGUUUAAUGAAUCG